AUGUCGGACUUUGAGGAGUAUGCAAGACGAUUCUUCGUUUUCGAACAGGAGCAGAAUGUCUUCAGGACGUCAACCUUGACUACGCUCCAACAAGGAUCAUCAGAAGCCGCCUAUGGUGGUUUGAUAUUCGCGCAGGCAUUAGCAGCCGCUGAGAAUACUGUUGAGGAGAAGUACAAGCCACAUGCAAUGCAUUCAUUUUUCCUGCUGAAUGGUAAGUUUUUUAACACUUGGGGAGAGAGGAGAGGGCAUGAGUUUCUUUUCGAUAUUUUAGCUCCAAAUAAGUGUUUCCAACUGAUUCUUCUCAUAGUUCAUCAAGUUUUCAUUUACGAUCUUGAGGUUGAACCAGAUUCAGCAGUUCAUCAAGAUACGAUGCCAAAUAUCACAUCUUGGAAGAAAUUGAAGACUGUGGCUGAAGCUAUACGCAGCUUGAGGGCGGAGAUUGCUGAAGGAAAAAUUAAACUGAAAUCGUCAGCGGAUAGGUAUGUGAGAUUUCUCGAAAGCCGCACGACCGAGACGAACGAGGACUUGUUCGAGGUGUCGUCGCUUCUACAAAUCUUAUUAGGCCAUACACUAUGGAUUAUCUUGUGGGGACCGAUGAGUCAUCCACCUGCAGGACGUUUCAUUCGUGGUUUAAAACACGGGGUGUUCUUGACGAUUGUGAGAAGCUGCAUAGGUUGGUAUGAGUUGCUUAAUCCUGCGAAGUCCAAGUUGGUUUCUGUGUUCAGAUACUUAGUGGCAUACAAUAGCGACGCAACAAUGGCUAGUUCUGCAUACCGCCCACAUAUCAUCAACGAUUUUCACCCAAGUAUGGUAUUUUCACUGGAUCAUAAUGUUUGGAUGCAUCAACAUCUAAUGCGUGCUGAUCAGUGGAUGUUAUUUGAAAACACUUCGACAGUGGCGGGUAGAGGAAGAGCUUUCACCACAGGAAAACUUUGGAAUGAGGAUGGCGUUCUUCUCCUUAGUUGUACGCAAGAGAUCGUCAUCGAAAUUGACAGAGUGAUGUUAGGCGAGUAUGUGACAAAUUUCUGUUUCAAUCUCAUCUCUUGGUUAAUCUUGGCUGUGUUCGUGUAUGUGAGGACGUCAACCUUGACAACGCUCCACCAAGGAUCAUCAGAAGCCGCCUAUGGUGGUUUGAUAUUCGCGCAGGCCUUAGCAGCCGCUGAGAAUACUGUUGAGGAGAAGUACAAGCCACAUGCAAUGCAUUCAUUUUUCCUGCUGAAUGAUCUUCAGGUUGAACCAGAUUCAGCAAUUCAUCAGGAUGCGAUGCCAAAUAUCACAUCUUGGAAGGAAUUGAAGAGUAUGGCUGAAGCUAUACCCAGCUUAAGAGCGGAGAUUGCUGAAGAUCGGCUUAUGGGAAUUGGUGGGCCAUCUUCUAACUGCAGGACGUUUUAUUCGUGGAUGAAAACAUGGGGUGUUUUAGACGGUUGUGAAAAGCUGCACAGGUACUUAGUGGCUUACAUUAGCGACGCAACAAUGGCUGGUUCUGCAUCCCGCCCACAUUUGAUUAAUGAUUUCAAUCCAAGUAUGGUAUUUUCACUGGAUCAUAAUGUUUGGAUGCAUCAACAUCUGAUACGUGCUGAUCAGUGGAUGUUGUUCGAAAAUAGUUCGACAGUAGCGGGUAGAGGAAGAGCUUUCACCACUGGAAAACUUUGGAAUGAGGAUGGCGUUCUUCUCCUUAGCUGUACGCAGGAGAUUGUCAUCCGAGGCAGAGGAGUUACUUCCCAAAUUUGA